UCCAAUAAAACUACAUGGCAAAAAAUGAGAAAGAAACAGAAUGGAAAGAAUAAAAUUGAAGAGGCAGAGCCCGAAUAAUUUGUGGUGGAAAAAGUACUAGAUCGACGUGUAGUGAAUGGGAAAGUGGAAUAUUUUCUGAAGUGGAAGGGAUUUACAGAUGCUGACAAUACUUGGGAAUCUGAAGAAAAUUUACAUUGUCCAGAGUUGAUUGAAGCAUUUCUUAAUUCUCAAAAAGCUGGCAAAGAAAAAGUUGGUACAAAAAGAAAAUCUUUAUCUGACAGUGAAUCUGAUGACAGCAAAUCAAAGAAGAAAAGAGAAGCUGCUGACAAACCAAGAGGAUUUGCCAGAGGUCGUGAUCCUGAAAGAGUAAUUGGUGCCACAGACGGCAGUGGGGAAUUGAUGUUUCUCAUGAAAUGGAAAGAUUCAGAUGAGGCAGACUCAGUGCUGGCCUCAAAAGAGGCGAAUAUGAAGUAUCCUCAAAUUAUAAUUGCUUUUUAUGAAGAGAGACUAACUUGGCAUGCUUGUCCGGAAGAUGAAGCUCAAUAA